AUGCUUCCAACACUUGUUCUCACCGUCCUUCAUCUCUUCCUGACCGGCGGCGAUGCAUCGUCCCUCCUCUUAGCUCGUUCUGAAGUCAACGGCGCAUGCACUGGCUCCGGAGGGGCUCCCGGCGUCUGCAUCUCGACCUCAUCCUGCAUCUCUGCCGGGGGAAAGUACAUCUCUGGCGCCUGCCCGGGAACACCUGAGGACAUCAAGUGCUGCAACAAAACCGCCUGUGGAACCGGUAACAAAGGAAAUUGUCGCUUCACCUCUUCCUGCAGCUCCGGCAACACCGAAACGAACCAGUGCCCCGGGCCUGCUAACUUCAAGUGCUGCAUGCCUGCUGGCAGUGGGCCGCAACUCCCCAGCACUAGCUCAGGCUGUAAGCAGAAGGCCAUUGAUGGAGCGAAGGCUAUCGUCAAUGCAUUCCCAGGCAAGGUCAAGGAAAUCGGAUGCAUCAGGAACUGUGACGACCCGAGCUCAAGCGAUCAUUGCACUGGCAUGGCAACUGAUAUGAUGGUGACGGAAGCCGGAGGUAAAACGAUAGCUGGCGAACCUAUCGCGGAGUGGGUGAUGAACCACGCGAGCGACCUUUCUCUCAAAUACGUGAUGUGGGGGCAAAGAAUCUGGGAAGUGAGCCAAGACAGCGUCAAGCCGUGGAGUCAAUGGCGAUAUCAGCAAUGCACAGUCAUCCCAAAUUGUGUGAAGGGCGAUAGAGGGGACAACACGGCUAACCAUUGGUAA